AUGGCUAAGAAGCGCAUCCACAAAACCAUCGAGCUUCGUACGGUCCACAGCCUCUAUCGUCGGGCCUCCAUCUACCUCUAUGCGCGCGCGCAGGCAGCAAAAGCGCUCAGGCUGCGCUACUCUCACAAUGUGAAGGACCUGGAGGAGCGUAUGAACAGGCGCAAGACGCUCGACGAGCGCGUCGCACAUAUGGUCAACCUACGCGACGCGAGUAGUACAUCGAGAGCGGGCAAGACAACAGCGGCGACCGAGCGCAUGAGUGAGGGACAACAUACAAACUUUCAAGACGAUACGGAGGAGUUGAGGGCAGCGUUCGAGCUUGCAUGCGUCGACAUGCGUCGAAGGGCCACUGGAGCGCGGCGCAUACAGGCAGAGCAGAGGCUGCCCUCGACUAGAAGAUAG